UCCCUUCAUCACUCCCAACGCCUCCCCUCCUCUCUAGUCUCUUCUUUCUAACUCUUUUUAACUCAACAACACUACACUAAACAAACAAAAUAAAUCUAUCAACAACUCUGUACCACUGUAAUUUAUGGCAAUGGCUCACCAAAGUUCUGAUCGCUUAACCUCUGUUGGUACGCGCUAUUGAAUUAGAAUCUCCGUAAACGAAGAAAGAAAAAAGAAGCCUUCCUUUUAGGCUGUUCAUUUUCAAUGUUGCUUCUAUCGGUGUUGUGGGUUUAGUUCUAAAAAAGCUUUAGAGGAAACCAUCAGCCAAAGGCAAAGGAGGAGCAGGUAGGACCCGCCUUCCGACUCAAACAACAACCAAAGCGGGAAUGAUGAGAUUGGGCAGUGGAACCAAGAAUAGAAAGUCCCGGUGGGCAGAUGAUUAGCCGAAGCCGGUAAUUCAGCUUCCUCAUUUCAUGAAAGAUUUUACUGGAGGUAUCCAAUUUGACCCUGAAAUUCAAACUUUGGAUAGUAGGUUGUUAGAGAUUAAAAGAAUGUUGCCAUCUGGAUUGCCAUUGGAUGAUAGACUUGAGGGAUCUAGGUCUCCUUCACUCGAACCUUCAAAGAAUAGGAACUUGCAUGUUUUAGUUGAGGCUGAAACACAAGAAUCACUUGAUGUUGCCGCUGCUACGGUGGAAAAACUCUUGCAGUCUGUUGAUGAAGUAUUGCAUGAGCAUAAGAGGGUCCAAAUAUCCAAAGGUACCCUUUGGUCCUGAGUUGACUCGGUUCCUACAGGAUCUCGCAGUCUUGCCUACUUUUGACA